CUGUCAUAUAUGCGCACAUUUCUCCAGAACUCUAUUUUGUAGGUUGGUUUUCACUUGCCUGAUAUCUCGUGUUUUUAAAUAACUGUUAAGUUUGUAAUUUGUGGUUGUUCUGGAAGCACGGAAAUUUCAAAAUUAUUAUAGCUGUAUGAUUGCGACAUUAUAUAAAUAUAUAGAAGAAAGUUAUUAAAGAAAUUUCAGUUCUAUGUCUGGUGAUGUUUGACAGCCAAUCAAAAAAACAAAUUCAUAGAAAACAGAAUGCGGGGCGGAGCUGUGCUGUGAUAUAGGUGUAUACAAGAAUGAAUUGUCAGGUGAUAAUCUAAUUAGUGAUGAGUCAAUAGGGAACUGACAUUAAUACGAAGCUAUUGCUUAUCGAGCAAUUACAAUGGAAGCUGUUCCCAGGUUGCCUAUGGUUCAUUUUGAACUGAAAGUUAGUCCUGAAGCACCUUCGUUUGGACCAAAACUUAAACAGUACAUCAGGGACUUCUACCACGAGGACCCGGAGUCGUACGGCAGCGAGAUCCGCGUGCUGGAGGGCCUGCGAGCGUCCGCGGUGUCGGCCGCGCGCAACGCCACGCUCGCCAGCUGCUCCGCGCUCAAGCAGUACUACUGCCAGCUGCACUUCCUGCAGAGCCGCUUCCCCAUGGGCAAGGACGGCGCGGCUGCUGUCGCCUUCACCUGGAGGGAUGCGUACGCCAGCAUGGUCUGCACCGUCCCGGACAUCGCCUUCGAGAUGGUGUGCAUCCUGUACAACAUCGGAGCCGUGCACUCGUACGCCGGCGCCUCCGAGAGCCGUGACACGGCGGACGGCAUGAAGCUGGCCUGCACGCACUUCCAGUGCGCUGCCUGGGCGUUCCAGCACCUCAAGGACUCGUACGCGCAGCCCAGCGGCGUCGACCUGGCGCCCGACAUAAUGCAGUUCAUGUACCAGCUGAUGCUCGCACAGGCCCAGGAGUGCAUCCUCGAGAAGAGCAUGAUGGACAACAGGAAGGCAACCAUCAUCGCCAAAGUGGCCGUGCAAGUGGUGGACUACUACAAGCUUGCUCUGAACACACUGGAGCAGGGUGGUUCUGAAGACUGCUCCAUCGCCGAAACAGUCGGAUCAAAGCUGUUCAAGGGCUGGAAGCGGUACGUGCGCUUCAAGCUGAGCUACCACGGCUGCGUGUCGCUGCUGUACCAGGGCCAGCAGGCCGAGGAACAACAGAAGAUGGGGGAGCGCGUGGCCCUGUACCAGGCCGCCUCCGAGAAGCUGGAGGAGGCCGUGAAGCUCUCCAAGGGCAUGGACAGCAUCGAGGUCAUCAACGAGGCGCUGACCUUCACCAUGGACGUGGUGGAGGGCAAGAAGAAGGCGGCCAAGAACGAGAACGAGUUCAUCUACCACGAGGAGGUGCCGGACAGGGACUCGCUGCCCGAGGUGAAGGGGGCCUCGCUCGUGAGGGGCAUCCAGUUCGACGUGAACGACCCCGAAGUGUCCGGCGCCGACAUCUUUGGGCGCCUGGUGCCCAUGAAGGCUCAUGAGCAGUCCUCCCUCUACAGCGAGGAGAAGGCCAAGCUGCUGCGCGGCGUGGGCGCGCGGGUGGAGGAGAAGGACCAGGAGCUGGUGACCUUCAUGACCUCGCUGCAGCUGGAGCACCUGGACCUGCGCGCGGACAUGGAGCGCCUGCCGCAGGAGCUGGUGGACCGCUGCGCGGCGCUGAGCGCCAAGCCGAGCGCCAUCCAGGACCUCAUAGACGCCAUGGGCAGGCUGGCCGACACGUACCAGGACGUGGAGUCCAUGCUGCAGGAGAUCCGGGAGCUGCUGGAGCUGGAGGAGGCGCGCGAGAAGCAGUACCAGGCGCUGAUGGGGCCGCGCCCACCCUCCAUCGUGGCCACUGACCUCACCCGGGAGGCCCGCAAGUACGAGGAGGCUCACGCCAAGGCCUCCGAUUCCAACCAGACGCUGCACAAGGCCAUGACGCUGAACAUCAGCAACCUGCGCGUGCUGGCGCUGCCGCUGCCCGAGCUGGAGCGCCAGAUCCCGUCGCUGGGCGCGCUGGAGGGUGAGCGAGCACGCCUGGUGCCGUGUGCCGUGUGCCGUGUGCCGUGUUGCGAGCCGUGGGGCCCCGUGUCGCCAGGGGCCGUGGACGACCCCGCCUCCCGGGAGAUGCGGCGCCUGGUGCGCAAGGUGGACGAGAUGAGGAGCCAGCGCAGCUCGCUGCUCUCGCAGCUGCGAGACGCCGUCUGCCGGGACGACAUCACCAAGCAGCUGGUGACACGCGCCCAAGAGCCUGCCGACACCAUCUUCGCCCAGGAGCUGGAGAAGCAUCAGCCGACGGUAUCGUUAAUUGAAAAGAAUUUGUCAGCGCAGGACAACAUUUUGAAAGCUCUGACGGAUGUGUAUGCCAAGUAUGCCGGCACAAGGAAAGCCACGAACGAAAUAAUUCGCAAGCGGGAAGCCACCAUCAACGGUUUGAUUUCUUCGUACGAUGCGUACGAGGACUUGCUGGCCAAGUCGAGCAAGGGUGUGGAGUUCUACCGCAAGCUGGAGACGAACGUGAGCAAGCUGCUGCAGCGUGUCAAGGGCACGUGCAAGGUGCAGGAUGAAGAGAGGGAGCACAUCUUGGCCAAGAACAACAAGUCUCUGCCGAGCCGGAGACCGACAGACGACACUGCGCUCAUCUCUGAGCCCGCAUCCACCAGUUCCGGCGCUCCCAAGUUGAAGGAUUACUUGCAGAGCAUGAAGAGGGGCAGUUAUUCAGGGGGCACCGGUUCCUACCUGAACCCAGGUUACGGAGGCCACAUUCCUCCUUCGGUCUCGCCUCAGCCGGUGGGCUCAGGUUCCGUGGAGAGCGUCGGCUCUCAGCAGUGGAUCCCGUCGGUGAGGCCUGCCCCGGUGGGCUCGGAGGGGCCUAACAGCACACUCAAGUCCGCGGGCUACGCGCCAGAGAGCAAGGCACCACCUCCUAGCUACACGCACCCAGGGUCGUUCCACGCCUCGUAUUCCCAGAAUGAGUAUGCCUCCAGCUUGCCAUACGUGGAUGCUGCAGCCCUCAAAAACUACUACAACUCAGCGUAUCAACAACCACAGCAGUACUCGUACGAUUUAAGCAGCCAGGCCUUCACGCAUCAGCUUUCGGACAACUCGCAAGCUUACGGCAGUGUCCCUCAAGUACCUUCGUCUUACACGCAUGCUGUGACUUCCAGCUCCAUUCCCACCAUCACCUCCGCUGCCUCUUACACCCCGUACCAGCCGGCAGCGAGCUCCCAGCAUGCCUUGGGUGUGGGGUAUGCAGAUCCCGCAGGCUCGCAGGCCGGGACGCUGUACUAUCCCUCGCAGUACGCCGCCUCCUACACGUCCUUGCAGCAGGCUCCAGUCUCCUACCCGUGCACGCCCUCCCAGCAGCCCGGGUCGGUCUACUGCAUGACGGGGCAGCUGGGCAGCAGGUACCCCGCCACCACAUCCGCCAGCAGCACCCCGGACCUCGGCCAGCCCCGCGACAACCGCGGCCAGGCGUACGGCUACGACGGCGCCGGCUACCUUCCGCCCAGCGGCGUUACCGACUACCAGUACAUGAGCAGCGACCCCAACACCUCCUGCUACACCAGCGCCGGCACCUGCGACACUUCCCAGACCUGCUCGUCCAACAAGUCCGUGGACGGCCAGACAUACGCAGCUCAGUACAACACCAGCGCUAGACCGGACACCUCUCCCGGGCAGAGUCACUACUACUCUGCAUCUUACGGCAGCUACCAGUACGGGAGCACUGUCGGCCAAGAGCCGGUGUAUUACGGUCAACAGCAAACACCACAGGUCGAUCAACAGCAAGCAACAUAUGGUCAACAGCCGGGGUAUUACGGCCAGCAGCAAACAGCAGCAGUGGUCGAUCCUCAACAAGCGUUCUAUAGUCAGCAGCCGGCAGCCAGUAGCCAGUCUCAGCCAGCUGUCGUUCAACAACCGGGGUACUACGGCCAGCAGCAAACAGCAGCUGUGAUCGAUCCUCAACAAGCGUUGUAUAGUCAGCAGCCGGCAGCCAGUAGCCAGUCUCAGCCAGCUGUCGUUCAACAACCGGGGUACUACGGCCAGCAGCAAACAGCAGCUGUGAUCGAUCCUCAACAAGCGUUGUAUAGUCAGCAGCCGGCAGCCAGUAGCCAGUCUCAGCCAGCUGUCAUUCAACAACCGGGGUACUACGGCCAGCAGCAAACAGCAGCUGUGAUCGAUCCUCAACAAGCGUUGUAUAGUCAGCAGCCGGCAGCCAGUAGCCAGUCUCAACCAGCUGUCGUUCAACAACCGGGGUACUACGGCCAGCAGCAAACAGCAGCUGUGAUCGAUCCUCAACAAGCGUUGUAUAGUCAGCAGCCGGCAGCCAGUAGCCAGUCUCAAUCAGCUGUCGGUCAACAACCGGGGUACUACGGCCAGCAGCAAACAGCAGCUGUGAUCGAUCCACAACAAGCGUUGUAUAGUCAGCAGCCGGCAGCCAGUAGUCAGUCUCAACCAGCUGUCGGUCAACAACCGGGGUAUUAUGGCCAGCAGCAAACGACAGCUGUGGUCGAUCCACAACAAGCGUUGUAUAGUCAGCAGCCGGCAGCCAGUAGCCAGUCUCAGCCGGGGUACUACGGCCAGCAGCAAACAGCGGCGGUGGUCGAUCAGCAACAAGCCGGGGCAGCGUCCAAUGUGGACCUGCUUGCGGGACUGGACUUCACGGUGAGCCAGGCUCCGCUGGAGCCGCAGCAGCCGGCCGAGGAGAGAAAGGCGGCAGUGGCGGUCUCUCCCAGUAAGCAGUCGGCAGCGUCACUGCCGGAGUCUCCGCCCGCGGUCCAGCCGGCACCGCGUAGUGAGACCCCGGUCGUGGCGGAGGCCGGCGACGAGGCCAGGGCCGGCUCCAAGGGCCCCUGCAAGGACCCCUACUCGGACCCCGACUCCCUCGCCCAGUUCGUGCAGGAGGUGGAGAAGUACGAGAAGUUCGUGGACAGCCUGGUGACCCGGACCCUCAACGGCCCCACGCCCCUCGACAUGAAGUGGAAGGAGCUGCUGGACCUGCAGGAGAGAGAGGCCCACAAACACAGCAUCUCCGUGGCCCGUUGCUACCCGAUGAAGAACCGCUUCCCGGACAUACUGCCGUACGACGACUCCAGAGUGGAGCUGCCGUCCACCAAGGACGACUACAUCAACGCUUCGUACGUGAAGGACGUGGUUCCCCUCGCCCCGCCGUUCAUCGUGACGCAGGCGCCUCUGCCGUCCACGUACUCUGACUUCUGGACCAUGGUGUGGGAGCAGCAGGUGGAGGUGGUGGUGUGCCUGCUCAGCAGCGCAGAGAACCAGUGUGACAGCAGCGUCGUGUGUGCCGGGCAGCUGGAGGAGCAGGUGUACUGGCCGGCGGACCGGGCCGACGACCUCGUGCUCGGCAAGCUGAGGCUGAGUCUGCAGAGCUCGAACGUGCGCCCGCACUGGACCGAGAGGAUCCUGUCCCUGGCCGUGGGCGAGACGCGGGUCUCGCGCGUCGUGGUGCACCUGCAGUUCACGGCCUGGCCCGGCAGCUCGUUCCCUGCGUCCCCCGGGCCGUUCCUGGGCCUGGUGAGCGAGGCGCUGGCGUUCCAGCAGCAGCAGCGCGCGGCCGGCCACCCGGUGCUGGUGCACUGCCUGUCGGGCGUCGGGCGCACGGGCCUCUUCCUGCUGCUGGCGGCGGCCGUGGGCGAGGUGCAGGCGGGCCGGGGCCUGCCGGACCUGGUCCCCACGGCCGCCCUCCUCAGCAGCCGGCGCAAGAACCUGCUGCGCGACCGCGAGCACCUCAGGUUCGCGUACCAGGCCCUGCUCUACUACGCACAGGACAUGCUCAUGAAGCGGGGGAUCCUGACCAGCCGCUCCACGUUCGAGGACAAGCGGGGUCGCGGAGGCAAGUCGCACACCAGGCACCCCUCCGAGGACUUCCUGCUGGGACCACCCACCGAUCUUAGCCAGCUCCAGUCGGGAGUCGAGAAAAUGGGGUUAGGAGCAGGAAGCAGCAGUGAGGGCGCACCGGCGCCGGCCGACCCCCCGCCCGGCCGGUGGUUGAACCGUGACGCGCCCUUGGACGACCCCUUCGCGGACAUCGACCCAUUGUGGCCCCUGAGGAGGCCGUGACUUGCCGUGUUGUGCCGUGGCGCGUGAAGAGAAGUGUCCGUGUGCCACCGCACGCGACCCACUGAGUUAGUUGUAGUUCUCCAUGCACUGAAUGUAAUCAGUAGUGAAAACUGUACAUUAGUUCCCUAUGCUUUACACUUUGUAAACAAUAUUUUUAUUCUGUAAGCAAUAAUGGCGAUUUUUAUUUAUUUUAUUAUUAUGUACUCAGUUUAAUAUACAAGGAAGGUUGUGUAAGAAUCCUAUCAACUCUAAUGAUGUAUGUAAUUAGCUACAACUUGAAUAAAUGCUCUUGAGAAAGUGUGA